AUGCGCCAGACUGGGACUGCAACUCUUGAUCGUGCUUCUCUCAAAGCAGAAAGAGCCCGGCAGAAAACACACUUCCGAAACAUUGCAAUUAUCAAGAAGAGGAAGCACACCCUCGGCCUCAGGAUCAGGAAGAAACUCGAGCUCAAUCAAGAGCUCUCUGAGAGCGAGCGAGCUUAUAUUGAGAGGCGCCCUCGUGGCCAGCACACAGAUUAUGUUAUGAGCAAGACAAAACAUGGUCUCCUAGAUGCAGUACAAGCCUCGGAACUAGACAAGCGCAGCGAGAGAACUCCGUUCAUAAUGUUCAGAUCUUCUACACUUGUUGGCACAAAACAUACGAACGGCUUCACAACCCAAACGUUGUUUGUGCCAGCCGCCCAUCUUAUGACAGAUCUGGCCACCAGGAGAGGUAUAGACGAGACGUCGUGGAUUCGAACCUCCAUGACAGAGAUUCCGCUCCAGGAAUUGAGGCCUAUGUUAGGACAUCAUUUGCUUUGGCGAGACCGAAUACAAGAUGAGCUUCUAUCUUGGACAAUGUCUUACCUCUUUGCAACAGUCCACUUGUACCUACGCCAUCUCAAGGGCCAGGAGAUCGGAUGCGUUUCAACGAUCAACCGCACUCGAGCUUCGCAUCCGGAAGAGUGGCACUACAAGCCUGCCAGGUUCUACUCUGCCAACGACCUCUGUGAUCACACGGGAGUUUAUCAUGAUUAUGAAAGGAAGUGUCAGAAGGACCUGCCUGGUCUUCAUCCUCGGAAGACCAAUCACGAAUACAUUACUCAUGGAGUAGUUGGAUACCCUGAGAACGACCAAUUGCAACAAGCUGCAUGGGCCGACCUUGUGGCUGCCGGACUCUUCAAGCUUAUUCCCGAAUUACUGGUCACCGUCGAGUUCAGAGCCGCAGGUCUGUACACGGUGUUACGGUACAUUCGGGGUCCAGAAGAUACUGAACAUGCAGGACCUUUU